CCAUCUACAAUGAGGCUUUCCAUCCUGAUCUUCUUUUUCUUCCAUGGUUUGCAGAAAUUUGAAGGUGGUAGAACAUAGGAACACCCCCCCAAAUGACCCCAUUUUAAAAACUAGACCCCUCAAGGGACUUGUUGGACCAUAGCCCAUUAUUGUCUUUACCAACCAAAAACCGUCGAUGUGAAGGAAGGCGAUUCAGUCACCAUCCCGUGUACAUACACCUAUCCUGAGUAUAUCAAAGAGAAGCCACAGAUACUUUGGGGAGUGAGUGAUGGUGAAGACUGUUAUAAUAUCACGAAAUACAUCACAGAUAAUUCUGGGAAUAUACUAGAUGAGUAUAAAGAGCGGAUCUCUAGAGUAACCCAUCCUGAUAACUGGACAGAGUCUCUCAUAAUCCGAGGACUGAAAUAUACAGAUGGAGACACGAUCUGCUGUACAGCAACUGUAUCUUCACGUGGUCGUAAACCAUACACCUGGUCUGACUAUGGGACGUCUCUCAUUUUUGAAGAUGGUAGAUCGGUGUCUCAGGUGGAGGAGUUGAUGGCCGUCCCAGGAGAAGAGAUGGUCAUCCCCUGUCACUACUCACCGAAGAAUGGGGGAAAAGUGAAACAAGUCACCUGGUAUAAUGGGGAGAGUAAGGAUUGUACCGAUAAUGAGAAAGAGUUUUACAACUGGAACACAACACACCUAGGAGAUGUAUAUCCAUAUUCACUGGUGAACCCCCCUGAAGAUGUCUCUCUGCGUAUACACAGGGUACAGGGGGAUGAAUACCGCUAUUAUUGUUGUCAUGUGAUCACCAGUAUGGGAGCAAUACAAAGCAGAUUUGGUACAGAACUGACCAAUACAGGUCCCCUAUCCACAUCCUCACCCUUCAAUGUUACCCAGCCAUAUUACAUCACAGGACAUAGAGGAGACUCUGUGACAGUAAGCUGCUCCUACAGAUCAUAUAUGGAGAGGGAUGUCCUGGGGGUCACUAUUUACUGGAGAUUGAGCAACCUAAGCGGACCUUAUGUCUACCACCCCUACAAAGAGAUGGUUCAUCCCGGUUAUAGAGGAAGAACGGGAAUACAAGGAGCAGCAGAUCUCCACAUACAGGGGGUGAAGAUGUCAGAUGACUCCAUGUAUUACUGCUUUGUGAUCAUCAGAUUGUGUACAGGGAAUGGCAAAUAUAAGAAUCUAAUCGUGUAUGGGGAAGGGACCCGACUUAUUGUGACAGAUCUCGUCCAGACAGAAUCUCAACUACGUCCUACAGUCAAUUUUACCGUUAGAAUUGGAUGUAAAUUCUUCUUCUCGCUUGUUCUUUUCAUUUUAGCUUUUCUCUGUUAUAAAGAUGUAUAUACGAUAUAAAACCUGAAUUUACUGCACACAAUAUAUAUCAGAUUGUAUGUAUUAUAUGAUAUCUAUCAGUAUUUACCCUGACAUUCCGGGUGACGUCUCCUGUACACUACUGAUAAUAGUGGUUGGAGUAUAACAACAGCUGCAGUUUACUUACUAUUUGAAAAGACAGCAGAUGGCGCUGUGCUAUUACUGCUUAGUAAUGUGUAGUUCCUCUAUGUUCUCUAUGGUUGUUCUGUGUUGGUGACUCCUGUAUCCUCUAUGUGUAAUUAUAGAUGUACAUAUGCCCAAUUAAAAAAGUUA